AUGCGCUUAGCAAACUUGUCAGCAGCACCCGCACAAGGCGAAAACAAACUUGUUCACGUUACUUGGACAACCAAGCGCGAGGUUCGUGUUUGUCACUUGCCACUCAUAACUCCUUUCAGGAAAUCUUCCUGGAUUUACACUAAAAGUUUGCCGCUUUCCGUUUUUGGAAGUACGUUGCCGCGCUUUGAUCCACCAAACUGGCCUCUCUGGUGGCACAUCCUCCAGCACCGGUUCGAGUCGACCAAAGGUGCGGUGAAGCGCGAGACCAAGAAAGUCUUUGAUGCCUACUUUGAGUGGAAGCCAGCAGACUUUUCCAAACACGGCUGGGUCGCGAGGCUAGACGGGCCGCUGGUGGACAUGUAG